AGAAAACCUCGUUAUUAGACGUGGUCCGAUAUUAGAGAAGGAUAGGAGAAUAUACGUGUAAUAUGCGAAAAGAAUGAAUUCAUUCAAAUAGAUACGGCAAAAAACAUGUACUUACACAGAAUAAAGCAAUUAGAUUUAACAGUUAACACAUUACGAGACCUGACACGAAAUACCAGUGUGAUAAUCAAGGCGUAGAUGAAAAACAGUGUUAAAAAGAAUAAUUCAAAAUUUAAUACAAAUAUUGUUAAGGAUGUAACAUUUUAUCAUACGGAAAAAGAAAACACGAGUAUAUAUUUACACGAUUUGGAAAACGAAACCACGGGAUAUAAAAUGACGCACAAAGUAGUUAAAGAAACAGCGCGGGGACAUCGAAAUAUGCAGGGGAAUGGUAACACAGUGAAAAAUAACACGGCCACAAACAACACUGAUAAAUGCCAGAGAUCGGACACUGUGGUACAGUUUGAAACAGCUCAGUCACACUAUGAUAAAGACCAGGUCGAAAGUAACAAACCAUGCAGGACAAAUACGAUAGAUGAAAAGAAUAUGACAAAAUGCCGCCCCGAUCGCAAUAGCGUUGUGGGAGAUGACCUACCUACCUACUUACGUACGGGAUCUUCUAAAUCUGGCAAAGGACAAAAAAUUGGAUCGGAAUCCCUUAUAACGGAUAACGACCUCUUACUUGCGGCUACACUUGUUGCUAAUGCCAUGGAAGGGAAAACAUUUGAGGUUAAAAGAGAACCACGAUUUGUAAGGUCCUAUAACUUGUACAAAUCCAGAUUGAUGUGUCUGCUAUUGUACACAGCAAUAUUCGUAACUUUGAUGUUGGCAGUCUUUGAAAAGCCGUCUAUGCCAAACUUUCACGCGCCGUACUGGAUAACGAUGGCAAUAGAAUCGGUUUGUCAGUUGUUCUUUGUGUUGCGUAUAUACCAUCAUAAACAUUGGAGGGUCCCUAAGGGCUUCAAGAAGGAUUUAAAGAUGAUACUCGCCGUAACCUGCACUGUUAUAACGAUUCUUGACAUGUGCGUGUAUAUGCUGGUCGUUGAGCUCACUGACUUCGAGGCAGUUAGAUAUUCAAGGCUGCUUCGCCCACUGUUUAUUUUCUUCUUUUCGGAUAGUGUGCAUCUCAAACGAGCAUGGAGUAAUAUUAGAAUGACCUUGAAGCAAAUCAGUCACGUGAUUGUACUUUUCUAUUUCCUUAUCCUGGUGUUUGCGUUGGUGGCGGUCAAAAUUUUCCAGGAAAGGACGGAAAUAAAGUUUCCUGACGGAAGAGAAUAUUUCAAGAACUAUUUAGAAAGUUUCUGGGAGCUAUAUGUCCUUGUGACGACAGCUAAUAAUCCCGAUGUUAUGAUGCCAGCUUAUGAAAAAAAUCGCUGGUAUUGCUUGUUCUUCACGAGCUACAUUAUACUGUGCCUUUAUUUGAUACUGAAUAUACUGCUUGCUGUCACAUAUAACAGUUACAGAGAAAAUAUGAAGGUCCAAAUAAAAUAUUCAUCACAUAUGAAAAAGGCAGUUUUGAACCAGGCAUUUGAAGUCAUAAAGAUUAAUGUUGAUGGUAACGAAAUGGUGACAUACAAGACAUGGAUAAGACUGAUAAAUCUGGCUCACCCUGGUAUAACCAAACACCAAGCCGAUCUUUUGAUGAUGGUACUUGACACAGAUAAAACAGGAUUUAUCAGCCGAAAACAGUUUUCAAACAUUGCAGACCUACUGAAUGUUCCGAUUUCAGUUGUUUCAGAGAGAAAAAACUUUAUGGAACUGCACUGCAAAACACUAUAUAAUUGUAGAAUCAGCAGUGCAAUCAGAAAUGCUGUUGAAACAACGUAUUUCAGCCUUACUUAUGACGCUGUUGUCUUUGUGAACGUUAUUCUGAUCGCUUUAAACAUAAACGAGGCUGACUGGGUGUUUUGCUCAUUGUAUAUACUAGAGAUUGCCUUAAAAUGGUAUACCUUCGGCACAAAGAGGUUCCUCUACAGUCUAAGCAACUGGUCAGACUUGAUUAUAACGAUUAUAUCACUGGCUAUCCUGAUUAUCACUGAAGUACAAGGCAGUACAAAACUGAGUGCUUUUAACGUGUUCAGGAUCUUCCGUGUUUUGCGUUUCCUCACAGACUUUGAGCGGUUCCGAAUCAUUUUUGAUGCGGUUUUCAACGUAUCCUAUUCUAUCAUGACUUACUGCAUCAUUCUCUUUAUUGUUUUCUACUGUUUCGCCAUCUUAGGCAUGGAGUUGUUCGCGGGAAAGAUUCAGCACCUCGACAGUUCUCUAGAAUGGGCAGCUAACUGCAACAACACUGCCCUUAAUGGUAGCGUCUUCGUUGCCAAUGACUACUGUAACGUUAACUUCAAUGAUAUCUUAAACUCUGUGGUUUUGAUAGCAUCGUUGCUAAUCGUCAAUAACUGGCACGUGAUAUGUGAGGGAUUUGCUUUGGUAACAAGCAAAGCUGCCAGACUGUACUUCAUGAGUUUCCAUCUUACAAUUGCAGUCGUCAUAAUGAACAUUGUGACUGCAUUCAUUUUGGACAUGUUCAUGUACGAGUACACAUUUUCCAAGAAAGGUCACCUGGAUACAAAGGUAGAGAUGACGAUCAAACAACUGCAGCUCGGUAUUGAUGAUGAAACUGGAAUGGAAAUCAAAGAGGAAAAAAGCAAGAAAGAUGACGAAAUUGAUCACCAGGGAGACAGUAUGUCCCACACAAAGCACAUGAUCCAGAAGCUUGCAGCAAGACAAAAUGCGCAUACGCAAGUAAAACCAAAUCUUUCUAGAUUUGACGGAAUACGGUUUCAUAUGAAGAAGAGAGAUUGGACAAGGACAGAACUACUGUUGCAACAAUUAUUUGAGCUAGAAGAAGAAAUUGCCGAUGCCGACAAAGACCAUCAGUUAAUCAGUAUGCUGAACUAACUGUGAACAUCAGCUGAUUGGGUUGGUAUGCUACACUAACUCGGUAUGGAACCGGCAGUUGAAUGUAUUGGUAUGCUGAACAUACUCAGUAUAGUGCCAUCUAUUGAUUAGAUUGGAAAUAUGAAACCAUCAGUAAAUUUGAUUGGCAUGCUGUACUUGCACAGUAUGUGUCAAUUAGUUGAUUGGAUUGGUAUGCUGAACUAUUUCAGUUUGUUGACAUCAGUUGAUUGGGUCGGUAUGCUGAACUUAGU